AUGUGGGAUCGAUUGAUCGAAACUCCAUACAGAAGCCGCGAUGGCUUUAAUUGGGGGUUAAUUAAACGCACGAGUCCACGAAGAAGGUCAAGAUUCGCCUGUCAAGGGCGGUUCUCCAAGUUGGAUUUUCGUGGUCGUUCCACUUGGGAACCGCCCUCGAGGAGUCCCUGGCGUAUAGGAAUUUUCUCGUUCUUCUUUUAUCUAUAUCUCAUCGGUUUCAUCCUGGAGAACGUCGAGGACUAUCGGCCGAGUUAUAUAUUUACAAGUACAAGACACCAAGAACAAGGGACACACAGAACAUUAAAUAGACGAUCAUAAAUCGAUCAACGAUCGAGCACUCGCACUUUUUCUCUUUCGUUUUUUAUUCUCUUUCUCUCUCUUUCUCACUCAUUCUCUCACUCACUCUCUCUCUCUCACUCUCUCUCGUGAAUUUUAUCGUUUGCACACGUUUUCACUUUGUCUAUACACCAUCUAGAACAUAGAUCGUCCCGGUGUGAACGUCGAAGAAAAAUUCGAGAGGCGUUUUGUUCGAGAGCGAAAGACAUCUUGUUUUUCUUCUUCUUCUUCUUCUUUUUUUUUUUUUUUGUUUCUUUCUUUUCUUUUCCACGAGGAAAAAUGUAAUAAUAUUUAUAUAUCGGAGUCUAGUACGAUCGUAUUCGAUGAACGAACGCGAGAAAGAUACUAGAGAGAAGUUUGUUCAACAGCGAGUUCUGCGAGUAAAACCAUGCCGUCGAGAUAUUUUUCGUUAGUUACAAAAAAAUAUAUCCUCGCGCGAUGCGUUCGAAGAGGCUAAAUCGUCUUUCUAAAUCGAGAAGUGCCGGAUCGUUGAGCCCUAGUUCCUAAAGUACCAGCUAUUUUUUUCAUUUUUUUUUGUUUCCUUUAUUAAUUAAGUAUAUAUAUAUAUAUAUACAUAAAUAUAUAUAUAUUGUGUGUAUAUAUAUUUAUACGUAUAUACAUACGUGUAUAGAGAGAAAAGAGAGUAAAAACGAGCCUCGUCCGCCUCGAAAAAUGAACGUUUUUUUCACGACGAAAGGAAAGUCGUGACGGACGAGAUCUCGAUAUAUCGGGUGUGUGAAGAGUUUUUCGAAAGUGUAGCGAUUUUUUUUUCCCCCGUUUAUCUUACAGUCUAGCUCGAGAAUGGAAGAUUAUAUAUAGCGAGGGGAAAAAUUGGAGAAAUAAAAAGAAAAAAAAAAAAUGAAAAGGAGGGAUCGAAGGAGGGAAAGGAAUAGAUUUUAGAUUGGAAAACGCGCAGACAAGGGUUGAACUUGCACAAUUCGUCUCAACAUCCGCACGGUUGUUAACUCUAAAAAAUACGUGUCCGCCCAUCGAAAAAAUGCUCGUCUUCGAAUAAUCUUUUUUUUUCUUCUCUCUCUCUCUUAAGUACAUACCCUACACGAUUAAAACCUUAGAACCUUUAACGUUUUUUUUUUUUCUUUAAACCUUAGAUCGAACUCUACACUAUUAUGUA